AUGGAUCCCCUCUCAGCCAUCGGUCUGGCUUCUGGUAUCAUCACCUUCAUCGACUUUUCAUGGAGCCUUGUCACUGGCACCUUCGAAGUCUACAAUUCGCAAGCUGGUACAACCUUCGAGAACGUCCACAUUGGCCGGGUAAUCGAUGACUUGCGCGAGGUAUCCGAGGGGCUCGAGGUCAACUUCAGAGGCGACACCUCCAGACAUGACAAAGCCCCCCAGAAGCUAGCGCAGAAUUGCGCCGAGCUCUCCGAGAACCUGCUCGUGCUUCUCAACAACGUAGCCGGGGGCAAGAAGAAGAAGAAGACGCUAUGGCAGAGUGCACAGGUCAAAUGGCAGAGCAUGAGGAGAGCCGGCGAAGUCCGAGAGAUCGAGGAGCGGCUGGCGGAGUAUCGCUCGCAGAUUCUUGUCCGGAUGAAUGCAAUGUUCAGCGAUGAUCGAUCCGCCAUCAAGAUGGCUCUUGCAGCACUACAAGCCGAAGCCAGUGCGCUCAGGUCCGAGACCAUGAAGGAACUACAAGACACGAAAGAGAGUCUUCUGUCCGCCAUUCGAGAAGCGAGAGAUGAAAUGGACGUCGAUGAUUCAUCUGACGACUCAGACGACGGAGUUUCCGACAAGGAAGGCACGACUCCAUUUGCGUCGCUUCGUACCAUACAUGACCUACUCCGCCAUGUCGACAGGCUGACGAUGUCGGCCUCUGUUCAUCAUCGUGUGUUGAGACAGCUGGUUUUCAAUACUAUGACCUCUCGGGAGGCAGCAAUUCAAGUGGCUGAGAAUGGUACUUUCGCAUGGAUGCUGGAAGAUGAUGAUACUGUGAAUGCGGUCAAGUCAGGGACUGAUCAAGGGUUUACUCCUGAGUCCGGCAUAAGCGAACUUACACUACGUGAGGGUAGCGUCGAUGACGACAACCUACCAGAUGAGGUGGGACCCCACACUGCCGACGCUUCCGAUUCUCUCCCUUGGGACCUCGCUACCUAUGUCGCUAUCGAGUCUGAGUUCUCAGAGAGCAGCAGAUAUCGUCAGUCUAUGUCUGAUACGAAAUUCGAACGGAACCUGUGGGCGUCUCAAGCGGAAAGCAGGAGAAAUGCCCAGUCGAGUUUAUCUGAAUGGCUGUCUGACAAAAACGGCGUCUUGCACAUCUCGGGAAAAGCUGGCAGUGGCAAGUCGACACUCCUGAAGUAUGUUUACAACCAUUCAAGGACCCAGGAGAGACUCCGACAAUGGGCUGGCUCGAGAAAGCUUGUAUCAGCCCAUUUCUACUUUUGGAUCUCAUCAGAAGACGAACUGCAGAAGUCGCUGGAUGGCUUGUACCGUUCCAUACUGUUUCAGGUGCUCAGCCGGUAUCCUGAACUCAUCCCGUCCAUCUUCCCCAACCAAUGGCAACAAUCCAAAGAUUAUCCAAUCGCGAGUCUCGACUUGGAAGUGGUUCAAUUCCCGCCCAACGCCUUCCGCGACGCGUUCCAGUUGUUACUUUCGGAUGAAUGCGACAACAAGUUGAUGAGCUACUGGAACCUCGCCAGGAGCGUGCUUAACUGGGGCAAUGGGCCUCACGUCAAAGUCUGCUCUAGCUCGAGGCCAUAUCUGGAAUUUACGGAAACAUUCUGCAAUAAAGCCAAAUUCGUUAGUCUCCAUGAGAUGACAAAGCAUGAUAUCUAUUUAUUCAGCCUUGCCAGCUUCGGAAGAGAUCCCAACGCAGCCUACAUCCGCAACGUCUAUCCCCGUUUUACCCGCUCUAUAGUCAGGAGGACUGAUGGAGUAUUCCUCUACGCCUGGCAUCUUCUUACGGUGACCGUAAAGCCCGAGGAUGUGAAGCGUCUGCACCUGAUGCUGAGGCUCAUUCUCUUCAAUCCUCUCGGUAAAACCUUCGAAUCUCUCGGUAGAGCACUUGACCUCGCUUACUUUGGCUGGCUCGAUGAGUGCGAUAAGCCGAACUUUCCGCCCAGGAAGGACGUCAUCACUGAAUUCGAGAGCGCCGGCCUCGAGGCUCAUUGCAUGCGUGCUCGACGCUUGGUUGUUGGCGUCAGCAGUGGCUUAUUGCAGGUCACAGAGAAACACCAGAACUCUUACUGUUCGCAUAUUGGCUGUAUCUCGCGCUGGUGUGUCACUUUUGGGCACCGGACCUUUCGCGACUUUCUCGAAGAGAACCCAGGCGUACUUGACAACCAGGAGUCUCCGGCUCAUCUCGACAUACCACUGUGGGAACGUCUUCGGCUGUCCGAGUACGCGUAUGUCGUAACAAGAAGACCUCCCACCACCCAUAGCGACUGGGCUCCAAGCGAACAGCACAAUGGAAUCAUCGCAAUAUUUUUGUCACCAAAAUGGGGUGCACCAUCGGAUGAUCUAGUGGACGGGAUUGAUUUCCAUGACAGAUUCAUUGUUAGAAGGGCAGCAUCGAGCCUUCCGAAAUCCAUGUGGCAGGGCUACCCGAAAUCCAUGGUGCAGGCCUACUGGGAGCCUGCUGUCGCCUACAGGGUUGCUUUGAGUGGAUUCCACGGCUUCUUUGCACGGAAGAAGCAUCUUGAACCAGGUUAUUUGUCUCGGGAGCACUCUUCUGCAAACCUACUCAUUUGCCUGGCGCAAGGAUAUGAGGCUUGCACGAGAAACCAGGCCAAAGAGUGUUUACACGCAGCUGAGUUUCUAGCAGGCGGUGACUCAGCCUUCGAGACCAUGACGCUUGCGCAUGAUUCCUGCGACCAACUGCAGGUAUGCUCUCGUCAGUAUAUGUACAAUUUCGAUUGUCGCAUAUCACUUCGAUUCGACCUGAUCAGCCCGCAACUUUCUCGAGAGUUGGGAGACUUAUACUUCCUCGUACGAGAACUACCAGAACAGCGAUAUCCUGAUCUACCCGGGAUUCCUAAGGUCCAUUUCAUCAGCAUGAGUGGCUUGCUUCAGCAGUACGAUGCUCUCAUAAGUGAUAUGGAUGGGCUCCUGGACUUGCGAGACGCAGCGAAGACAACGCAUAAAUGCGCUGCAAAAAUCAUGAACCGUCGUGGUUGGGCCAGAUACCAUCCGGGUGAUCGUAAGAUACAUUUUGAAGAUCGCGGGUCUGCUUUUCACCUCGACGAGUGGUUCGACAAUCAUAACAAGCCCCCGCCAGGAGCUAAGCCGAUUCGCCUGGAAACGCUGCUUUGGGGACAUCACGAAAUCUUAUGGGUUUUCUGGAAACAGUACUCGUGGAAUCUGAUCGAUGAUAGUUUCGCACCGGGCUGGUCUUUGGACCACUUAGCACAAGAUGGUUGUAUCUACGUGUCUUCUUCACUACUACACGAGUACGUUCACAUUAGGGACACGGAGGACGAGGACGGGGGAGAGGUGGAAGAGACACUCUUGCAGCGCAAAGGCCAAUCCCAUGAGGUGUCAGCCAACUCUCGCCACCCUCCGCGAUCCGGUAUGCUCAAGAGACCUCCUUCCACCAUACUGCAAUCGAGGAAACUCGUCUCUACAGUCGCGCGAACACACCAGGUGGAUACUUCCAUCACCCCGUUGUCCGCCACUAACAUGUCCACCGACGAAGUCGCACAGCUACCACCUUCACCCCUGGGGAGAGCGAGGACCUCGCCGCGCACCAAGGCUCGAGCACCCGUCGGCAAACCGCCCCCGAGACAACCCGGGAUGGGGUUCUUUCCGUUGGGCUACAAGGACGCCGUCUACCAAUGGUGGACCAGUGUAUCUCCUACCAUCGCCGAACGAAACGUGAUAUCAUGUAUACCGCAUCUUCGAGAAGCCGUCGCCGCCGAUGCCAACCCGCUGGCCAAGAUGCCGUCGGCCGAAGACCCGGGGCAGACCAGGACGUCCAGGACGAACGACCCCUUCGGCCCGCGAGUGUGGAAGUCGACAAUGGUAGAACUGUCGGGCAAGAACCGAGGCCUUAACGAGUUCUCAGUAGAGCGCGUGGGGGAGCCGGUCGAUGAUACGCUGGUCAUGCUUCACGGUUACGGAGCCGGUCUGGGAUUCUACUACAAGAACUUCGAACCCCUGAGUCGGUCAAAAGGCUGGAAGUUAUAUGCAUUGGACUGGCUAGGAAUGGGCAACUCGAAGCGACCACCCUUCAAGAUCAGCGCGAAAGACCCGAAAGAGAAGAUUACAGAGGCUGAGAACUGGUUCGUCGAUGCGCUAGAAGAGUGGCGGAAGAUCCGCAACAUCGACAGGUUCACUAUUAUGGGACACUCUCUGGGCGGAUAUCUAGCUGUAUCCUACGCGCUGAAGUAUCCUGGCCAUAUCAACAAGCUGAUACUGGCCUCGCCUGUGGGUGUCCCGGAGGACCCUUACGCUGUGAACGCCGAGAUGCCCGAGCCACAGGAUUCCACCUUCCAGGACGAGUUCACGGUAGACCAGCAAGAGACUACCAAGCCGCAUGAGAAUGAAAGGCUUUCCAGCGCAAAGACCAAGCAGGGAGGGCCACCGGAAGCAAACGAACCCAAGAAGCGACCAUAUCCCAGCUGGCUUGUCUGGCUGUGGGAUGCGAAUGUUUCUCCAUUUAGCAUCGUCCGGCUUACUGGCCCUCUGGGUCCCAGAUUCGUGUCUGGCUGGACGUCUCGUCGCUUCAACCACCUUCCCGAGGAGGAAAAGCAGAUCUUACACGACUAUGCGUACUCACUCUUCAGACAAAGAGGGAGUGGCGAAUAUGUAUUACCUUACCUGCUAGCACCAGGCGCCCAUGCGCGCCGGCCGAUCAUCAACCGCAUCCACAGCGUGGGCAGGCAAACAAUGAAACCCGCGACCGACACCACACCAGCAGUGAAGGAGACCGGGUUCCCCAUCAUCUUCAUGUACGGCGAGAACGACUGGAUGGACGUCGCCGGUGGUCUCGCGUCCGAAGAGAAGCUGAAAGAGGCCAAGAUCAAGGCGCUGCUGCACGGCACGGAAGAGGAGAAGCGCAAGGAGAACGGGGCUUGCAAGGUCGUCGUCGUCAGCAAGGCCGGCCAUCAUCUGUACUUGGACAACCCGGACGAGUUCAACAAGUACAUUGAGGAGGAGCUCGCGGACUCGAGGCAGCAGACGCUGCGCGAGAAGCCCCAGAUAUGA